AUGGCCGCCGCGCGAAUUGCAAGACGAACCGCGCCGACGAGCGAGGUGCAGUGUGGUGUGGUGGGGGAUGGGGAGGGCGAGGAGGAGUGCAGCGAGCUGUACAAGGAGGGGUACUGCCAGCGACAAGGCAUGAAGAGUGGUAUGGUGCAGAAUGGGGAGGGCGAGGAGGAGUGCAGCGAGCUGUACAAGGAGGGGUACUGCCAGCGGCAAGGAUGUGCCCCCUCGACCCCACCUACUGCAUAUCUGAAACCGACCUCUGUGACAGGGAGGAGCAUUGCCUGGGAGGCCCUGCACCUUACUCACUCCUCUUUUUCCCCCUCGCCUGUUGCCUGUCUCCACAUGCCAUUCCCUUUUCUUCCCAGAUGGAGUGUCCUCUCGACCCCACCUACUGCAUCGUUGAAACCGACCUCUAUCGAGUGUCCUUUCGACCCCACCUACUGCAUAUCGGAAACUGACUUGUGUGACGGGGAGGAGCAUUGCCUGGGAGGCUGGGACGAGGCAAGCUGCCUUCGAAUUCACCAUCCUGUUUCCCCCGUCUCCCCUCCUUUGUCGUCCCAGAUCGAGUGCCCCCUCGACCCCACCUACUGCAUCUCUGAAACCGAUCUGUGUGACGGGGAGGAGCAUUGCAUGGGAGGCUGGGACGAGGCCAACUGCAUGCCCCACCCGUGCCCCCCGGGCUGGCUCAAAUGCCCCAAGACUGGUUACUGCACGCCUGCUGGUAACCUGUGUGACGGUGUUACAGACUGCUUCGCCACCCCCGAGCCUGAGGACGAGGACCCGGACCUGUGCCGAGCCUAUGCGUGCCCGAAGGGUUGGAGGAAGUGUGCGGAUGGGGAGCAGUGUGUGCAGCAGGGGCGGUGGUGCGAUGGAGUGGUGGAUUGUGCUGGUGAGUGCCCUGGGUUAGUGGGUCACUGGGAUGGUGGGGUGCCAGCUUGCUGGCGGGAUUGCUGGGCUGCACAACAUGGGGAGCACUGCGUGCAGCAGGGGCGGUGGCUGGGUUACUGGGUGAAGGCUGAGGAGCAAUGCGUGCAGCAGGGGCGGUGGUGCGAUGGAGUGGUGGAUUGUGCUGAUGGGAGUGACGAAGGAGCUGUGUGUUCGGUGCCAGAUCCCAAGAAUGCCACCAAAGCUAGGUCUAUUGUGGAGGCGAAAGCAGAGCGGGCUUUGAAGAAAGCUGCCAAGGAAGCAAGGAGGAGGAAGAAGGCAGAGGUGACAGCGGCUAAGGCAGCCAAGAAGUUUCGGAAAGCCAAAAAAGAAGCUGCUAUUAAAGCGAAGGAGGAGAGACUGGCAGUUAAGAAGGCUAAAUUGGAGGCCAAGGCCAAGAGAAGAGCUGCCAAAGAUGCAAGAAGAAGAAAGAAAGCUGCUAGGAAAGCAGCGAUUGAGAGGAGGAAAGCAAAGAAACAAGCUGUGGAAGUUGGACUGAAAAAAGGAGAAAUGUUGACAAGGAGAGGGUUGAGAUAA